GUUACAACUGUUGCCUGGUAACGGUUAAAAACAAAACACAGUAGCUAACUGUUGCUAGCCAAAACGGUCAUAAGUUAAGGUGGAUGCGAAGUACAGGUAACUUCCGGUAACACGUAUAACUAAUAACAAAACAUGUUCUAAAUCAUGUUAAGUAUAUAUUUAAGCAAUUUAAGGAGCGUGUAAGCGACUAGCAAGCUUCUCUCUUUUAGGAAAGAAAUAAGGAAAAACUUCGACUUCUCCCGGUCAGUUAUCCUCAGCUGUCACGGAAGUUAUCGUCCCGGUGUUUCUUAAAAAAAUGUCAGUACCUUUUUCCAACACUAACCUGCGGGUCCCACGAGGAUUUGGUACCGUCCUGGAGGGGCUGGCCAGAGAAGUCCUGCGAGACCAGCCGGAAGACAUCCCUAAAUAUGCUGCACUUUACUUUGAAGCUCUACUCAAACAAAGAGAAGAAACUGGCAUGGACCCCGCUGAGUGGGCCGCUAAACUGGAAGAUAGAUUCUACAACAACCAUGCAUUCAAGGCUACUGAGCCUAGUCCUGAAAGAGAGCCUGCAACAGAGAUGACCAUUUCAAAAGAACAAUCACAUGUGUCCCAAACUGAGGAUGAAUCCAGUCAUUCAGCAGAAGCCUCAAAUGUUUCCACCACACAACCUAAUGUCUCUGAAGAGAUUAAUUUAACUGAAAGCACAGAGGAAGAAGAAGAAGACGAAGAAGAAGAAGACGAAAAAGAAGAGGAAGAAGAAGAAGAAGAAGAAGAAAAACAUGAUUUUACAGAGAGACACAUUAUUUCAAUGGAAAAGAGACUUUCAGAAGAUGAAUCAGUCGACGUGCCCCAAGCUGCAGAUGUACAGGCAGAUGAGCUGAGUGGGACAGAGGAAGAGAGGGACCCAAAAAUAACUACAUUUGAUCAAGCUGACAGGACAGCUAAUGGAAAAGAUAGCAGCUCUGCUCCAGACCAAGAUAUACCUCAGUCUGAGUUAGAGCCUACUGACUUUUUAUCAUUCAGAGGGAUUUCAAAUGUAGAUGUGUGUGCUGAGGAGUUAGGAACGGCAGAAGAUGAGGAAGGUGAUAAACCAGAGACUGCAGCUGUAGAUGAAGAGAUUAAAGACUCAGAAGGAGAGGAAAAUACUGACGUUGAAGAACCACUGGGGAUCUUUCCAUAUUCUGGGCUAGCUGAUGUGGAUGUGUGUGCUGCAGAGCUUGAAGGUACAGAGAGAACAGUGGAUGGAGCCACUGAUAAAGAUGAUGACGAUAGCUUAAAACCCCAAGAUGAGGAAACUUUUGUACAAUCAUCAUUAUCUCGAUCUGAAACCCCUGAGAACAAUCAACAAGAAGCAGAAGAUCAGGUAGAAAAGACAAAGGAGGAGGAAGGAACAAAGACUGAGGCUUCUUCUGGGGAAAUACAUGAAAGUUUAGCUCUUAUAGAGGGUGUUUUAGACAGUAAUGCUAUACCAGAGGAGGAUUCCUUGGUUGAGAUUAGCUUUGAUGAUGUUCCAGAGGCUCAGGAGAUUAACGAGUUUGAGGAGAAACAGCCAGAGGAUGAGGGCUCAGUUGAGGUCUUACAGACUAAGAUGUUAGAAAUGCAACAGGAGGAAGUGUCCAAAGAUGUUACUGACCAAAAUAUAUCUAGUGCAGAAGACCAUGAUGAACCCGAAAUGAUGGGAGUUGAAAAGGAAAUUAACUCUGAAGGGCAUGAUAUGGAAAGUCAGCACGAGAUAUCUGACAUAAUUAAGGAGAAGGUGGUCAUUAACGAUUCUAAUUUGAAUGAUAGUGAUGAUGAUGAGACGCCUGAAGGUGUUAAAACCAUCAGCUCAUCACAUCAGCCCACCACCGAGGCAGACGAAGAGAACCAAGAGGAUGAAACUGGUUCUAAAAAUGAAGAUAAUGAGGAGAUGAGUGAACGCGAUUUUCACCAGAGUGAGGAUUCUGAAAAAGCAACAAAGUCUGACUUCAAAGAAGACGAGGCGACAUACACAGUUGGAGGAGACAAAGAGGACGUACAUACAGAAGGUUAUAGUGAGAUGGAGGAACAAGAUAUUGAUGGUGGUGGUGCAGAAAAGCAUCCAUCACAUGUUAGCCAGUCAAAUUCAUCAACUGCUGCAACGGAGGCCCAGAGUGAAACUUUCGAGGCACAACGACUCCCAGAGGAGAACGAGGAGAGUCGGAGAACACCUGUAGAGUCCCAGCCAGAGGACACGGUGGAAGGAAAAGAGGUCACAUCAAAGGAGAGAGGUUCAGAAGAAGAGGAACUUAUAGAAGAAGGAAAGAUUGAUUCUGAAACACAAGAGCAGAGUGAUGCAAUGUGUGAGGAGGGCAGCAACAGCCCCACUCACAGAGCAGAUCCUCCUGCUGCAGACCUCCAAGGACAGGAGAGACCACUUGGGUCUGAAAAGGACUCAACAGAGCCGGAAGGCACGAAUGGUGACGAGGUAAAGUUUAAGGUUUCUUCUCAAUACACAAUAUAUGCAUCAAUGAUGGAACAUAUUUUACCAUUUUUAGAUACAUUAACACUAUAG